AUUUUGUUACCUUUGUCGUUGGCGGCGCUGUUGCAUUUGCCAUUCCGAGGGGCCAUUUUUAAAAACCGCUAAACGACGGGCUUGUGUACGUGUGAGUCAUGUAAGUGGCAACGCCAACAGUGAACGAACUGGAACCAUGCGUAUCGAGCUCCAAUUUCAGGCUUUUAUCGGGAUUCUUGAAAACAUUAUGGCUAAAGAAUCAACGAAGAAGAAUAACGAAGGAUUAGGAAAACACUGUGUCGUCGUUGGCUGCAAAAAUACAAGCAAAAAGCUGAGAAAAUGGAAGCUUGCAACAUGCGAAUUGCAUGCACCAGAAACGCACGAAUAUUGUGUGUGUUUACAGCCGUACAAAAUGCAUCGUUUCCCCAACUGUUCCAACGCCAAUUCCGCAGCCAAUCGAAAGCAGUGGGUGAGGAAUAUCAACCGAAAGGACUUCAGACCUUCAAAAUACAGCACUGUAUGUUCUGUCCAUUUUGAAGAAGGGAAGCCAACAUCAGCUCACCCUUACCCAACUGUGGCCAUGGGAUAUAUCCCCUAUAAACAGCUCUCAAGAGGAAGACCUCCCCCUAGGAGAAGAGUUUCCACAGCAACAAAAGCAGUGACAGUGCAAGAAAAGGCUGGAGGGGUUGCAAAUAUGAGUCCGCAUGGUGUUGAGAGAACAUCUACAUGUGUACAAACAGCAGGAUUAGAGACGAAGGAUGCAUCAGUACAGUGGUAUGAUGCCAGAGUAGCUGACCAUACUUAUGCACAUGUUAAUCCUAUCACUAAAUCCAAGGCAAAAGGUACGCAAACAGUCAAGGCUCCAGAAGUAUCAGCAGUUAAUCUUCAAGAAUCUGAUAUGAAGUUUUACACCGGACUUAGCGUGCGAUCAUUCUGGGCGCUUGUGAAUGCGCUUGUAGUGACUCUUACUACCACCCCUAAAUUUCAACUACCAGUGCCAGACCAACUUUUGCUUGUUUUGAUGAGAUUAAGAAUAGCCCUGAUGAUCUGGGAUCUUGGAGUACGCUUCAAAGUGUCUCGUUCCACAGUCUGUGACAUUAUCUCCUUCUGGGUACCACGUUUGGCUACAUUCAUGAGAGAAAAUGUCAUAUUUUGGCCGUCACGUGACACGCUUGCCAGGAUACGUCCCAAAUGUUUUGAGUCUUGUCAUCCUAAGGCUACUUGCAUCAUAGACUGCACUGAAAUCUUUGUUCAGAGACCCAAGAACUUGAGAAAACGUGCCCAAACUUAUUCUAACUACAAACAUCACAAUACCUACAAGGCCUUGUACUGCAUUGCACCAAAUGGUUUGGUGACAUAUGUUUCCAAAUUAUUUGGAGGUCGUGCCAGUGACACUUUCAUCUCUCAGAACUCUGGCUUUUUGGACCACUUGCUCCCCGGUGACGAGGUUCUAGCUGACCGUGCCUUCACUAUCGAAGAUAUUCUUCCACACGGUGUGAAGUUAUCUAUCCCAGCCUUCACAAGAGGACUCAAGGACAGGCGUCUACCAGAGGAAAGUGUGACAGAAACACGACGUAUUGCCAACGUAAGAAUUCAUGUUGAAAGGGCAAUCAGACGAUUGAAAUGUUUCAAAAUUUUAGCCAAUAUCAUUCCGAUGCGUGUAAAAAAUGUAGAUGACAUAUUGAUUACAUGUGCUGGACUUUGCAAUUUACAGCCUUGCCUAAUUAAUGAGGACAGAGCCCAGGAAACAAGUGAUAGUGAUUCUAAUGACGAGGAGGGAAACGUUUUUUCAGUGGAGGAAUAAGUACAUUUACAUGUAUGACUUUGCUGAAAUUGAUUUUGAAUGUGUGUUUCCAUCUUCAAAACAAAUGACAAGAUUUGAAAGUAUGAAUGUGCUUGACAUAAAGAUGGUUUGCAGUUGCAGCAAGUACAUGUACAUGUGCAUGUAGUCUAAUUAGUGACUGUGCCAUUACAUGUAGGUUCUGAAAACAACAUGUGUUUUGUUACACAAAGUUUUAGACAGUGUGCUGUCCAUUUUCAGGAGUCUGAAGACAGACAAAGCAUUCUAUCCAACCCGUCACAUAACAAAACAUGAUCUUUUCAGAACCACACAUACAUGUACAGUAGUAGUCACAAAAGCGAUUAGACUUUAUGAACAUGGUGCUACUGCAAAGCAUAGGCAUUUGUCCUUCCACCGGGCUGCAAACCUUCAACUUCUCAAGUCAUACAUGUACAUGUACAUUGCAAGUAUAAUUAAACAUCAUCAGGUUUGUGCUGAAGUAUUUUUUUUGUACAUUGGCAAGGGGCAUCCCCCAAUGUUCUUCCUUGCCACCCCACCAUUUGUCCCCCCUUACUAAAUCUCCCAAGUAUUAAAGAAAAAAAGUUGAAAGGGAAAAGAAAAGAAACAACAUUUAAUCAAUACAAGUAUAUUUUACUGUACUGUACAGUGAAUGUUUAUUAAGACAGGAAACCCUCACAUAAAAAUUAAGGGUUUUGAACAGCCCCCCCCCCCAUUUUACUGUUCAUCUGGCGUGUGUUUCGGAGUGUCUCGGACACCCGUGUUUGCCACACCCCCCCCAAAAAAAAAAAUAUAAUAAUAAUAAAUAAUAGUUAUAAUAAAAUAGUUAUAAUAAUUAAGUAAUAAUAAAAUGAUACUUCAUUCAUUGUUACCUCACACAUCCCCCUCAGGUACAUGUACCUCAAAAACAUCUACAGAUUCCAGUUAACACAAUGACCAACACAAAUGAAGGGGGACUCCAGGCCUCUACCGGAUAUCCUGAGUACAUUAUUACGUGUGUAUGUCACUUUCCCCUCAAAUUAAGCAGUAUGGCACUGUUAAAAAAUUGAUUUGUAAUGCUAGGUUCACACAUUCCUCAUUUUUAAGCCGAAUCGUCACGAAUAGCAGUUUUUUAGUAAAU